AUGGAGAAUAUCGACAUGAAAAGUCUGCUGAAUGAGCUAACAGAAGGGAGGGAGUUGGCAAAACAGCUGCAAAUUCAUCUUAACGUCUCGUCUUCUUCCCAUAAAACUCGUGAUGUUUUAAUCGACAAGAUUCUUAAUUCCUAUGAUCAAGCGUUGUCUAUGCUGAAAUAUGGUGGCAUGUCUGGGGAGACGCAACAGGGAGGGUUAAGGAUUGGAACCUUGGACUCUCCGAGGUCCCUCAGUGGCAGUCCUCGUAGCGAUGGUUCUGAUCACGAGUUUAAGGAUCACGACAACAAAGAGGGUUCUAAGAAAAGAAAGGCAAUGCCUAGGUGGACCCAGAAAGUUCAAGUAGAUCCAGGGACCGGAGUAGAAGGACAAGGUGAUGGCUACAGUUGGAGGAAGUACGGACAGAAAUACAUCCUAGGAGCCAAUAAUCCGAGAGGCUAUUAUAGAUGCACGCAUCGACACUCCCAGGGCUGUUUGGCUACGAAACAAGUUCAAAGAUCCGACCAGGACCCAACAAUUUUGGAAGUAGCAUACAAAGGUAUGCACACUUGCAGCCAAGGGGCAAAUACAAGUCCAAAAACAGCAAUAGAUCAAGAACCAAACAUGGCAGAAAAUCCUCUGCAAAACCAGGCACAACUCUUGGAUUUCCAAACUAAAGAUUUAGACACUAAACUUGAAACAUUUCAGCCACUUAACACCAACCCUUCUCCAUCAUCAUCAAGAAUUAAUCCUCAAGACGAUGUUUUUUCAGCUGCAAUGAUGGAAACUAACAUUUAUUCCCCCUCGAUUAUGUCAUCCGAGCCUAGCUAUUUCUCGUAUUUGCCUUUUCUUAUGGAGGGGGAUCAUGGAAGUAGCUCCAAUGUGCAAACCUCAGAAUCCAAUGCCAAAAAUAUUGGUAUAGACUUCCCAUUUGGUCAGCUGGAUCUUGACUCAAACUUUCCCUUUGAUAAUCCUAAAUAUUUUCCAUAA